GAUGGGUACCAACCUACCAACCUCAACAAGCAACUGAACGAACCCAAACUUGUUCUUUGGGACUUGGCUAGUUGUUGUAUUUGUUGUUUGUGAUUUUAUACAGUCAAAAAGUAUAACGGAAUACGUUCAUAUUCAUACUAUUUUAUGACUUGUCGUACAUAAUACGCUUUAUAUUCCUGGACAGGAAAAGUCAAAGCAAAGUGUUGUUUCCAAGUGCAAGUACAGUACUCUGAUUUGUUAUCAGUGUACCCGAUAUACUUUGCCAGAGCAUUUGGUGCAAAAUGUUUGCAGUCGACGUGCGAGAUGGCGACAGGUUAUUCUCAAGAUUUUAAUAUAUCUUGCCGGCUUUGCCUGACGAAUACGUUGCGGCUUCUUCCCAUUUUUGAAACACAAGAUGGUGGUUUAAGUCAAAAAAUUUUUACUUGUUUAUCCAUUAAGGUCUCUGAGUACGAUGGUCUACCAAAAUAUAUUUGUCACAAAUGUGAAUGCCAAGUCAAUAUGUGGCAUUAUUUUAAAGAAGAAUGUGAACUUUCGCAAAAAAAGUUACGUGAAUGGCAAGAAUAUUCCCAAGCUUCCUCAGUAUUUGUACCUGGAAGCAGUGAAAAUGUGGAUGAGGCAGUGUACAUAAAGCAAGAACCAGAAGAUGAGGUCAUGCAUGUUUUACAUCAUAUUAAUGAAAGUGUUAAUUUUGAUGAUCAUGUCGAGGAUAUUAACAAUGAAAUUGAUCAUUCAAAUAAAGCAGUUGUGGAAUGCUACUCUGCUGCUGAUAAUGAAGAUGAAACCAGCAGUCCUUUUACCCUUGUCAUUUCUGGGACUACAUCUGUUGCUCCAGAAGAAAGCUCUCCAAAUGACACACAUGACAUAGCUGUCAAAAAUGGAACAUCUGUCCCUGAAGGCAGGAAGAGUACAGAAGACAGAAAUGCAAGUGAUGUAGUUUGUGUUGAAACAAAUAAUCCAGACCGAGCAAUUAUAGAAGUUGAUCUAGGUGAUUCCAAUGAAGCAACCUCAUCCUUAUCAACAAACUCAAUAUUUGCCAAUACCAAACUUGACAGUGCUGCUGAAAGUUCUUUAAUGUCAACUGAAUCUAUGGAAUGCAGUGAAGAACCUUCCAUUAAGAAAGAACCUCCAGAAACCGUGAAAUCCUCUACACCCUCUUCAUCCUCCACCGAUAAUCUGGAUUUUAAAAAGAAAAUUUCAAAGUCCUCCUUUUCAGAAGCAUCCAUCAAUCCAUCAAUCAAAGGUGAAAAAGUUUUCUACAAUUACUUAAGUGUUGAUCUACCAAAAAUUGAAAAUGAUCUUUUUGAUGAGAACACAAAGCUCUGCAAAUUUUGUAACAAAUUCUUCCAAAAUAAUUCUAAUCUCUGGAGACAUAUCAAAGAUAAACAUGCCAAAGAGAACCCUUUUCGGUGCUCUGCUUGCCGUAAAGUUUUUCCUGGACGUAAAGAGCUUACGACACAUCGGGUUAAAACUGUUAGCAAGUUUUGCAGAUCCGGGCGGGAACCAAAUGCAGAUACAUCAAGGUCAUCCAUUAUUACUCACGAUGAAAUAACUAACGGAAAAGUGGGAAGGUAUGAGUGCAGCGAGUGUAAUCACAAGUUUGGUCAGUUAAAUGCAAUAUUGGCUCAUGUACGAACGCAUUCUGGAGAAAAACCAUUCUUCUGUUACAAGUGCAACAAAGAUUUUCAUCUAAGAAAGUCAGCCUUAAAACAUGUUUCUGGGUGUCCUGGUAAAAUGGAGGGCCAAACAGUUAUUCCAAAGGGAAAGCUCAAACUAUUACCAAAUCUAACUAAGAUUUCCAAGGGAUCAAAAUUGAAGUCAAGUGGAAAGCCAACUCCAAUUAAAGAUAAUUCUUGUACAAAAUGUCAACUGACUUUAGAAUUUGGCACUGAAUUUUCUAGCCAUACAUGCAAGAAAUGCAUUUCUUGUUCUAAGUUUAUUCCAACUGAAUUAUUACAGAAGCACUUUUCUCAAUGUUUUAAAUCUUCAGCUGUUCAGGAUGUUGAAAGCAAAUCUGAAAUUUCCACUUGUAGUACUAGUUCAGUUAUUUCAAAUGUCUCUGAUUUAGAGGCCCAUGUGAAAACCGAAGAAAUUGAUCAAGAGAAUGGAUCUGAGAACACAGAAAAAGUGAAGAAAAAGAGGAAAACGCCCAACAAAAUCAAAGUUAAAGUUGACUUGUCUCGACAAGAGCUAUGGGCCAACAACCAUGACAAAGAUGGAAAUUUGAUUUUAAUCUGCCAAAUUUGUCAUUUAGCAUUUAGUAGUAGAAAGAGUCUUUAUUGUCACCUUCUAAAGCAUUCUUCAAAAGCUUUCAGGUGUAAAUUUGAACAGUGUAGUAGUCUGAUGUGGAGCUUACGUGCCUCUUUUGAAGCUCACAUGUUAAAGGUUCAUGGUGUUUCUCAUAACGAACUAAAGGAUUAUCUAAUGACAAGUGCUGAAGAAUUAUCAGGAUCAAGUCAAGAUCCUCUUAUCCCAUCAAAGUCUAAAGCUGCUGGAAAAUACUCAGCAGUUAAGUUAAAAUGUGAUACAUGUUUCAAAUUGUGUAGUUCAGUAUCAUCAUUGAAAUUUCACAAACUCACUCACAAAAAAAUGACUUGCAAAAAAUGUGAAAUAACUUUUCCAGCCUCAAUGGAAAGAGCUCAUGUGUGUCUGCCAAAAGUCAAGGUAGAGACAUCAAACACAGGCGUUGAACAACCUGCUCAAGGUAAUCAACCACCAGUUCUUCCGGAAAAACGUCCGAUUCAAUACACAUGCCAUCUUUGUAAAAAGAAAUUUCACACAAAGAAGAUUUUGUAUCAACACAAGAAGAUGCACAUUAAAAUGAAAAUAUACAAGUGCAAUGUGUGUGAGAACUCCUACAGUGAUUCUGGUGCACUUCAGAGUCACAAAGAAUUGGAUCAUCCAAAUGAGUUGCAGUUGCCAUGCGUCAAAAUUGAGAUAAUGGAAACCCCAAAAGACGUUGAAAUACAGCCGAAGGAAGAAACUAAAACUGUUGAAAAACCUUGGAAAUGUAACAGAUGCUCUAGACGUUACUCUUAUAAGGAAUCUCUAAGGCGGCACAUGAAAUUACAUCGAUUGAAGAAGCCUAAAAAACCUAUUGACGUUAAUAACCCUGAAAGUUUGUAUUGCACUCUCUGUGACAGAAUGUUUGAAAGCAGAGGUAGCUUACAAUGUCACAAAGGAUGGCAUUCACGAGAAAUGAAUUCAUCUGAGUCCUCUGUGAGCCCUUUGAAAGAAGAUUCUCCUGCUUCUAUGGAAGACAGUUCUGCAAAUACCCCUAUUGUAGAAGGGAAAAGUACUUCUACAUCUUUGUCAUUAUCCUUUGAUACAUUUGGCUGUGAUAUUUGUUCUAAGAGAUUUGCUACUCAAAGGAAUUUGAACAUUCAUAUGGUAUAUCACAGAAAAAUUAAGUCAGUUGUUGUAGAGGAUACAAAUAGCAAGAUUUCUGCACCUGAUGUGAAUGCACCUGUGAGUGAUCCUCUUACAUUCAAAUGUGAGGCUUGUCCCCAGACUUUCUCUGAUUUUUCUGAAUUCACUGCUCAUUCAAAUUUACACAGUAACAAUGACUUGUCAACCGUAACAGCGGAUGUGUCUGUUGAAAUCCCUAAAGUAGAGCAGUUGCACUGUAAAUUGUGUAAUAAAGAAUAUAGGUGUAAGAAGAGUUUAAAGUACCAUAUGAUGGGCCACUCUGGUGAGAAACCCUAUAAAUGUAAGAGCUGUUCCAAUCAAUACAGUAAUCCAAAUGCCCUGGCUAAACAUGAAAGGGAUAGACACGCACCAAUCCUUCGGCCAUUCUCCUGUAUCAGGUGCAAGACCAGUUUCAUCUUAAAAGAAGAUCUACUUGCCCACCGGGAGAAAUGUACCCAUUAACUGCUUUCUUUUAUAGUCCAUUUUUCUGAUGUUGACUGUUCAACUUUUCUAACAUUCUUUUAACCUGUAUCUAUUCUAAUUCUUUUUAAAAAAAACAAACAUGAAAUAAGCUUUGAAGCUUUAAAUCACUAGUUCUUUAGUGAAUUAUUUGUAAUUGGCUCCAAGCCAAAUCAAAACAAUCUAAAUCUUUAAAGGUUUAGCCAGCUGUGAUACGGCAAGUACAUCGUUUGAGGGAGUAUCAGAUGUAUUUGAUCAAAUAUGUAAAAUGUGUAUUUAUUAAAUUGAUUGGGAUGUCAUAGAUUUCCUCACUGGCUGUAUUCACAGCAAUAAACUGCCUGUUUUGUUAAUGAAUUUUUAAACGAUGAUUUGAUUGUUGAGGUUAAUUAACUAAAGGUUGUUGGAAAUUUGAUAUGUUCAUUUAAUAAAGUGACUGUCCAUCCUCUAUAUAA